AUGGGCUACAACAUGAUAUUCUUCUUUGGUACACAUCGUUCAUUUUGUUUUCAUGUAGGAAUAAUUCUCAAUGAAUAUUGGGACAAAAAAUCUAAACAAGUAGUAAAAGAACAAUUUGAACGUGAUGAACGUAUAAAAUUACGACAAAAUCGAGAAGAACUUGCUCGUAUUGAACGUACUCGAAAACAGCAAUUAUAUAAUGGUGACAUAAUGGAUGCUUAUAAUCAAGAACAAGCAAUCGAAUUUGAAUUAGUACUUGAAACAGAUUCAAUAACAAAUGAUGUUAUUAUUGAUGUUUCUGUAUUACUUGUCAUUCAUAUGAAACCUCAUCAAAUUGAUGGUGUUAAAUUUUUAUGGAAUCAAGUUUUUGAAUCAACACGUCAAAUAGAAGCUAGUAUUGACAAUAAAUCUCAACUUGAUCAAGGUGGUUCGGGUGCUAUCUUAGCUCAUUGUAUGGGAUUAGGCAAGACACUUACAACGAUUGCACUUCUUCACACACUUUUUCGAUAUUCCACAUUGACGCAUAUUCAUCGAGUGCUUAUUUUAUGUCCAAUAAACACUACUAUUAAUUGGAAAAAUGAAUUUCAUAGCUGGUUAUAUGAUUUUGAACCGACAAUAAAUGUAUAUUUAUUCAAUAAUGAUGAUAUUCGAAAAGAAAAUCGAGAGAGUUUUGUUCAUUAUUGGUACGAAAAUGGUGGAAUUCUAUUGAUGGGAUAUGAAAUGUAUCGUCAAUUAACCUAUUCAAUUGAUGAUAGUCCUGAUGAUCUUUUUAGAAAUUAUUUCAAACUUAACAAGAAAAUUCCAUCAUUGAUUGAACAAGCUAACAUUGAGAAAUAUCGUAAAUAUUUACGUAGUCCUGGUCCAGAUUUAAUCAUUUGUGAUGAAGGACAUAUCAUUAAAAAUCCAAAAAGUGCAAUCGCUUGUACAUUGAAUAAAAUUCGAACACAUCGUCGUAUUGUGUUAACAGGCACACCAAUGCAAAAUAAUUUGAAAGAAUAUUUUGCUAUGGUCAAUUUUUGUAAGCCACAUUUUCUUGGUACAAAUCGUGAAUUUUCUGAUCAAUUUCGAAUACCGAUCGAAUCUGGUCAACAUCGAGAUAGUUCACAACAGGAUGUUGCAAAUAUGCGACGUCGUGUCUAUGCACUCAAUAGACGUUUACAGAAUAUAAUACAUCGACAAGGUUUGGAUGUUUUACGUUCAUUUUUACCACCGAAAUUUGAAUAUGCUGUUAAAAUCAAAUGUCGACCAAUACAGCGUCAACUUUAUGAAACAUAUAUAAAAUAUCAGAAUAUCGAUUCUACGAAUGCUAAGCUCGAUAUGACUAAAUUGUUUAGUGAUUAUCAAUAUUUGAUGAAGAUUUGGACACAUCCAUGGCUACUUCAACCAUAUUUUAUUGAAUAUUAUAAUAAACGUAUCAAAGAUGAAAAUAAUUUUGAAAUAGAAAAUAUAUUUGAAGAUGAUUUUAAUGUUGAAAAUAAUGAAAUGAACGAAAUUUCAUCGAUACAAAAUAUCUUAUCAUUACCAACUGUGAACAUAUUGAAUCAAAAUUCAGAAGAAAAUAUAUUGAAUUCGAUGAAACAACAAUGGUGGUUUAACAUAUUCGAUCCAAACAAUUCUAAAUUCGAUUUUGAAUUAUCUGGAAAGUUUAUAAUAAUGAAAGCGAUUUUGGAUGAAUGUGAAUCAAUUGGUGACAAAUUACUUAUAUUUGCUCGAAGUUUAAUUGCUCUUGAUUAUAUUGAAGAAUGUCUUCAUUAUUGGAGUGAACAAUCUUCAUCAUCAAAAUGGGAAAAAGGUGUUGAUUAUUUUAGAAUAGAUGGUCAAGUUCGAAUAAAAGAAAGAGCAGCUUAUAUUGAACUAUUCAACGAUGUUAAGAAUAUUCGUAGUCGUCUAUUUUUAAUUUCUACAACUGCUGGUGGUGUAGGCGUAAAUCUUUUUUCUGCUAAUCGUGUUAUUAUUUUGGAUACUAGUUGGAAUCCAGCUCAUGAUCUUCAAGCCAUGUUUCGUUCAUAUCGACUUGGCCAAACGAAGCCUGUCUUUAUUUAUCGUUUAAUGGUCAAAGGUACGAUGGAAGAAAAACUUUAUAAACGACAAAUAACCAAACAAGCAAUGUUUCAUCGUGUAGUUGAUGCUAAACAACUUGCUCGUCAUUUCACUUAUGAUGAACUUGCUCAACUUUAUCAAUUUGAUUUCAAUAUUGAUUAUGAUCCAAUGGAUAGGUACGAUGCUAAUCGAGUUCAAGAUAAAGUUCUAAGACAUUUAAUUAAUAAUCAUGCCGAUACGAUUGUUUCUUAUUGUGAACAUGAUUCAUUUUUAAUUCAUCAUGAUGAAGAAAAUUUAACAGUUGAAGAACAAAAUCAAGCUAAAGAUGAAGAUGAAAAUCCAUCGGCACGAAUACGACGACGAUCAUAA